ACGUGCUGGCUGACUACUCUAUCAAAAAAGCACUUGCCGUCAUACAGCUGUGCCUUUGUGACUUCAUUUUGGGAUAAGGCCAAUCGUCCCCUAACGGCUCCGGCAGCAGCUCUGGCUCAGAUCUCUCCUCUUCAUGGAAAGCUCCGGCUGGGCCGACUAAACCUCUCAAGAACAUGUCGCCCGUCUCGACUCCACCGACUGGCACUUCAGCGCUCAUCAAGAGAGCCUGUGACAGUUGUCACCGGCGAAAAGUCAAGUGCGAGCGUGGGACUGGAGACAGCGCGAAGCCAUGUAAGAACUGCAUCACGUCCGGCCUGCAGUGCACAUACAAUGCCAUCCCCCAGAAGAAGGGCCCCAAGGGCAGCCGCGCAAAGGUCAUCUCCGAACUGCGCGAGACCCAGCGACAGAACAUCCCCUAUCUCCACGACUUCUCCAGGUUCGAGCCGGCGUGGGCAAAGACGCCGCAUCUCGUCAACCAGGAGCUGGCCGACCACUGUGCCGACUACUACUUUGCGAAUCUGUAUCCCACCCAGCCCAUUCUGCACCGCCAGCGGCUGGCCGAGUACUUCAUGGCCAUGGAGCAUACCCUGGAGCCGUACUGCUUCGUCACCGUGUUUUGCGCCUACAUGAUGAUGCUGCAGCGCAACAUGCCGCCGCCACCUGGUCUCGACAUGUAUAGAGCGGCCGCGCAGCCGUCGAAUGGGGCGUACGGCGAGGCGCUUUUGGAGGAAGCCAUCCGGGUGCGGAAGAACGGCACUUAUACGGAGAAUCCGACCAUUUUGACGGUACUCACUUCAUAUUAUAUGUACGAAUGUUUUUUUGCCAUCGACAGGCCCAACACCGCCUGGUUUCACCUCCGGGAAGCUACCACACAUGCGCACAGUCUGGGCAUGGGAGACGAGGAAUCAUAUAGAACUCUGGAUCCCAUGGAGACUCUGCAGCGCCGGCGCUUGUUCUGGCAACUGUUUAUCACCGAAAGAGCAUUUGCACUACAUAAGCAUCGUCCGCUGACGUUGCAUGCAACGAUACACCCUCCAAUUGAGGACGAAGAUCCCACGGACCGCAUCUCAAUUACAGGGUUUUGCCGAUUAAUCAACCUAUAUAGGCCGUUUGACGACACGUUUAUCGGGCUGUGGAACAAGGUCCAGACGACAUGCCUUCCCUCCUGGCUACUCGAACUUCACAAGAAACUCGAGGACGCCCUGCCAGUCUAUCUCGAGAAUACAAACACCGAGACGCAGGUUGUGGAUCUGCGCACCAGCCAGAUCUGGCUCAAGACCAUGGUAUGGCAGCUGAGCAUCAGCCACGGCUUCAUCUCCAGCGUCGCAUCCGACAACGCGAUGAGCUUCAAGUACCCGAUCGAGAUAUCACGCGACUGGAUAGCCAUGUCAAGCCAUUUCAGACAGCAGGCAAUGGAAGUGCAUGGGGUCGGUCUGAUCGAGAAACUCUUCGACGUCGCGUGCACUCUCACCGAUGUAUUGUCCUACGUCCCCCUCGACUACGCCCAGUCCAUCAACCCGUCCUACGACCCUUCCUUCGGCGCCUCUCCCCCUUCUCCACGAGACUUCCUGACCCGCUACUACACCAUCAUCAGCAACCUCCGCGCCAACUCCCCGCGCUACACCACCGUGCUGAUGGAGAAGAUCAACGACAUGCUCCCCGACAUGACAAACCAGCUCUCCCUCGCCUCCGCCCUGCCUGGCUCCGCGCCCCAUUCCGCCGGCGGCUACGCCCCCAACCCGCCUCAACCCCCCGAUCUCCCCAGCUCUCACCACAGCGCUCACCCCUCGCAGCACCACCCCCCGGGUCCCACACCGCCCCUAUACAGCGACCCAGGCGCCGCAAUAACAGGCACCUCCGGCAUGCCCCCGCCCGCACCCACACAGGGCGGCCAUCACAACGUCAACGUGUCCGUCUCGCUAUCCCAAUACACCGGCGGUCCGAACGACAUAAAGCCCGCUCACCGCCAAGACUACCCGCCGCAGCAAGCACAGCAGCAACAACCGCAACAGCAACAGCAACAACAACAGCACCAACAGCAACAGCGCGACUACGCUCAGUACACUUCCCCCCAUACACCCACCCAUCCAUCCUCCUUCGCCUACCCAGCCGUGACAACCAGCAUCCCCGUCUACGCAGACUCCGGCGGCGGCGUAGCACCCGGUAUAGCAGGCGUCGGCGUAACCGUAGGCGUCAGCGGACCAGGCACUGGAAGCGGCCUAUACGGUGGUGCCAGCGGGCAAGCAGGGGGUAGCGGCGGUGGCGGCGGCGGAUACGAUUGACUGAUUGACUGACUGACUGAUUACUUGAGCAAAAUACAAAAGACGGCAUUUUUUGAGGGAAAGGAGAAGGGGAAGAGGAGGCUUUUUUCACGAUGCUGUACUACCACCCAACAGGCUACUCAACAGGGGGUGGAGGGGGGUGGAAGUAUAGAGGAUAUAUGCAUCAACGGACCCCCUCGACGAAGAAGGGAUCAUCAGAGCGCGUGUAUGGCGCAAUUUACCAGGUCUCCCGAUGGAUGG